AGGAUGGGGGCCAGCGCGGGGCCUGGGCUGCGGCCGGCACUGUUCUUCCUGCUGGUGCUAGGGACACCCAGGUUGGGGGUGCAGGGGGAGGACGGGCUGGAAUUCCCUCAGUAUGACGGUGUGGACCGUGUGGUCAAUGUCAACGCCAAGAACUACAAGCAUGUGUUCAAGAAGUAUGAGGUGCUGGCACUGCUCUACCACGAGCCCCCCGAGGAUGACAAGGCCUCACAAAGACAGUUUGAGAUGGAAGAGCUGAUCCUGGAGUUAGCGGCCCAAGUCCUCGAAGACAAGGGUGUUGGCUUCGGGCUGGUGGACUCUGAGAAGGACGCAGCUGUAGCCAAGAAACUAGGCCUCACGGAAGAGGACAGCAUCUACGUGUUCAAGGGAGAUGAAGUCAUUGAGUAUGACGGCGAGCUUUCUGCGGACACCCUGGUGGAGUUUCUACUGGAUGUCCUAGAGGACCCUGUGGAAUUGAUUGAAGGCGAACGCGAACUGCAGGCAUUUGAGAACAUCGAGGAUGAGAUCAAACUCAUUGGCUACUUCAAGAGCAAAGAUUCAGAGCAUUACAAGGCCUUCGAGGAUGCGGCAGAGGAGUUUCACCCCUACAUCCCCUUCUUCGCCACCUUCGACAGCAAGGUGGCAAAGAAGCUGACCCUGAAGCUGAAUGAGAUCGAUUUCUAUGAGGCCUUCAUGGAAGAGCCUGUGACCAUCCCAGACAAGCCCAACAGUGAAGAGGAGAUUGUCAGCUUCGUGGAGGAGCACAGGAGGUCCACCCUGAGGAAGCUGAAGCCUGAGAGUAUGUAUGAGACGUGGGAGGACGACAUGGAUGGAAUUCACAUCGUGGCCUUCGCGGAGGAAGCUGAUCCUGAUGGCUAUGAGUUCUUGGAGACACUCAAGGCCGUGGCCCAAGAUAACACAGAAAACCCUGAUCUCAGCAUCAUCUGGAUCGACCCUGACGACUUCCCCCUGCUGGUGCCAUACUGGGAGAAGACAUUUGACAUCGACCUGACAGCCCCGCAAAUAGGAGUGGUCAAUGUUACCGAUGCGGACAGCGUGUGGAUGGAGAUGGACGACGAGGAGGACCUGCCUUCCACAGAGGAGCUGGAGGACUGGCUGGAGGAUGUGCUGGAGGGCGAGAUCAACACAGAGGACGAUGAUGAGGAAGAGGACGAGGACGAUGACUAG